AGAAGAUCUGAAGAAGUUUCAGUGGCACUAUGUCAACAUCUGAAAUGGAGGAUGUAGAAGAACUCCUUCUGAAGUCACUGGAGCAACUGGACAAAGAUGGUCUGAAGAAGUUUCAGUGGCACUUAAAGAAACUUAAGUGUAUAUCAUCGUCUGAAAUGGAGGAUGCGGAUCGGUUAAAAACAGUGGAUAAACUGGUGGCAUUUUAUAGACUAGAAGAAGCUGUGAAGAUCACGGUCAGCAUCCUGAGGAAGAUAGGCCAGAACAAUCUGGCUGUUCAGCUGGAGGACGAACACAAGCAAGGUUCUGCUGAGGACAGUACAGCUACAAAGAUCUUGAAGGACAAGCUAAAACAGCACUGUGAGCGGAUAUUGGUUGGUAAUUCACAGACGGGUGAAAAUAAAUACCUGGACGAUAUUUACACUGAUUUAUAUGUGGUGGAGAAUCAGACUGGAGGAAGAUCAAAUGAACACGAGGUGAGACGUAUCGAAUCAAAUCACAACAGACUGACUGCCAAGGACACGCCGAUCCAGUGUAAUGACAUGUUCAAAGACCAUAUGGGUCGACAAAACAGAAAAGUGCUCACAGUGGGGAUUGCAGGAGUGGGAAAAACUGUCUCUGUCAAUAAAUUCAUCCUUGACUGGGCUAAAGGUAAAGAAAAUCAAGAUAUAGUCUUCAUUUUUCCACUCCCAUUCCUUGUGCUGAAUUUGAUUAAAAAAAAGAAGUACAGUCUCAUGGGAUUGCUUAACACAUACUGCUUUAGUGGCCUUACAGAGCUGACAUCUCUUCCUGAAGAUGGCAAUAAGGUCAUGUUCAUCUUUGAUGGGCUGGAUGAAUGUCGUUUCCCUUUGAGCUUUGAAGAGGAUGACGGCUUUACAGAUGUUAAUAAGAAAACAACAGUGAGUAAGAUAGUUACAGCCCUAAUCAAGAGACAUCUGGUUCCCUCUGCUCUCAUCUGGAUCACAUCCAGACCAGCAGCAGCCAGUCUGAUACCCCGAGAAUACAUUGAUCAGGUGACAGAGAUACGAGGAUUCAGUGAUGAGCAGAAAGAGAAGUACUUCAUCAGAAACAGCAGUCCUGAGGUUGCUGAAAACAUCAUCCGUCACAUCAGAAAAUUCAGAAGUCUGUACAUCAUGUGUCACAUCCCGGUCUUCUGCUGGAUCUCUCUCACUGUUCUUCAGCCUCUGCUGGUUCAAGAGAGCAAUGACAAAACACCUACAACCCUCACAGGGAUGUACAUAAACUUUUUACUUUCUCAGAAGCAGCAGAUGAAAAUAAAAUAUUGCAAGGAUCCUAAAACUAAGGCUGAAGUCAUGUCUUUUGAUGACAUUAUUCUGAAGCUUGGGAAACUGGCCUUUAAACAACUACAGAAAGGUAAUCUGAUUUUCUACAAAGACGAUAUUGAGGAGUGUGGACUAGAUGCCAUUGAAGGUUCUGUGUACUCUGGGUUAUGCACCCGGAUGUUUCAAGAGGAAAAAUCUAUGUCAGUGAGAAACGUUUACAGCUUCAUUCAGCUCAGCAUCCAGGAAUUACUUGCUGCUCUCUAUGUGUUUUUCAUUAACAAAAAAAAGAAGGAAAACCCAUUUCUCGAAUCCUGGAAAAAACUGUCAUGUAUCCUGUCAACAAAGUCACUGUUUGAUCUUCACAAAGCUGCAGUCAAUGAGGCUUUACAAAGUGAGAAUGGGCACCUGGACCUCUUCCUCCGAUUCCUCCUGGGUCUUUCAGUGGAGUCCAAUCAGAGAGACCUGAAGGAACUACUGCCAGGACUGGAGCUCAAAACAGAGGACACCAAAGACACUGUUGACUAUAUAAAAAAGAAAAUUGAGAUGGAGGAAUCAACAGAGAGGACCAUCAAUCUCUUCUACUGUCUGAAUGAACUGAAAGAUGACUUUGUGGAGGAAAUCCAGAAGAAUCUGGGCUCUGGAAAACUUUCAGAGCAGAAUCUCUCCUCUGCUCAGUGGUCGGGUUUGGUGUUUGUGCUCCUCAUGUCAGAAGAAACUCAAGAGAAGUUUGAACUGAAGAAGUACAGAAGAUCUGAUGAAGCACUGAUGAGACUGCUGCCAGUCAUCAAAAACACCAGAAGAGCACUGCUACAAUGCUGCAAUCUCCCUGCUCAGUCUUGUGAGAGUGUGUCUUCAGCUUUACAGUCAUCAAACUCCAUUCUAAGAGAGCUGGACCUCAGUAACAAUAAUCUGAAGGAUUCUGGAGUGAAGCUUCUUUCUGAUGGACUCAAGAGCAAAAACUGCCAGCUGGAGAUUCUGAGGUUGUCUGGCUGUAUGGUGACAGAGGAUGGAUGUAGUUAUGUGUCUUCAGCUCUGACUGCACAACCCUCAUGCUUGAGAGAGCUGGAUCUAAGCUAUAAUCACCCUGGAGAUUCAGGAGUCAAGCUACUCUCUGAAAAACUGGAGGAUCCAAACUGCUCACUGGAUAAAUUCAAUGUGGAUCAUGGAGGAGAAUCCAGGAUUACAGCAGGACUACAGAAAUAUUCCUGUUUUCUCACACUGGAUCCAAACACGGCAAACACUGAACUCAUUCUGUCUGAGGAGAACAAAAAGGUGACAUGUGUGAUGAAGAAACAGCCGUAUCCUGAUCAUCCAGAAAGAUUUGAUGAUGUGCGUCAGGUGUUGUGUAGAGAGAGUGUGUGUGGACGCUGUUACUGGGAGAUUGAGUGGAGUGGAUCUGUGUUAAUAUCAGUCUCAUAUGAGAACAUCAGCAGGAAGGGAUCAGGUGUUGAGUGUAGGUUUGGACGUAAUGACCAGUCCUGGAGUUUGAUCUGCACUCCUGACAGUUACUCAUUCAGACACAAUAACAAACAGACUGAUCUCCCUAUGAAGUCCAUCAUCAGGAGAAUAGGAAUAAUAGGAGUGUUUGUGGAUCACAGAGCAGGAAUUCUGUCCUUCUACAGAGUCUACAGAAACACGGUGAGCCUCAUGCACACAGUCCAAACCACAUUCACUCAGCCGCUCUAUCCUGGAUUUAGAGUAAAUUUUCUGUCUUCAGUGAAACUGUGUUGAUGAAUCAGAAGAGUCUGAUGAGAGAUUCUAUCCAUAAUGUUUGAGGUGCAUGAUAAAUCAGUAACAGUGAGAUGUUUUGUGCCACGUUUCCACCGUAAUUACCUGGAACAUUUGUACCCGGAACUAUUUUCCCCCCAGACCUGUUGCCAUUUGUGUUUCCACCAGGGCUU